UAAUCUCUGUCACAGUCACGAAUAUCAAAAAGUCAAACACGUUCCCUGAUAAGACCAAUUGUUUCUCUAAAAGGACAAGGGACAUUAAGGCGGAGAAAUGAACAUAGGAGUUUGGAUUCCAUUGGCGAUUCUGUGCAUGAUUAGAGUGUCAGAAUGCAUAGAGUGUUACACUUGUCAAAACAUUGCUGAUCCUAAUGAGUGCAGAAAUACUUCACAAUGUUCCAGUGGUCAACAGUCCUGCUCUUUACACAUAUUCCAAACUGACUCCGAAUUACGCUACACCAUGGGAUGUCAAAACAAUCAGUUAUGCAGUUCCCUCGCUCUUAGCCCACACAGUAUCAUCGGUCGCUCCGUUCAGACGAGACAGCAGUACACAUGCCAUGAAUGCUGCAGUACCGACCGAUGCAAUGAGAACCUUUGCUUUCAUAAAAAACCUUCAGAGUGCACUGAUGACGAAACACUCGACUGCGCUCGAUUAAAUACCCUCUUUAAUGUCUGCGCAGAUGUUCAUCAUGCAAAAGUCACGUGUCCAAAGUUCUGUGGCCUGUGCCAACUCGUUGAUGGAAACUGGGCGGAAUGGGGCACGUGGACGCAGUGCAGUGUGACGUGUGCGAAUGGCACGCAAGAGCGUUCACGCACCUGCUCUAAUCCGCCCCCUAGCAACGGUGGCCUAAACUGUUCUGGACCAGCUGUUGACACUAAACUGUGCACAAAGCAGCUUUGUCCAGUGCAUGGAAACUGGGCGGACUGGUCCAGUUGGUCUAGUUGUUCAGUUACCUGUGAUGUUGGACUAAUGAAAAAGACAAGAACCUGCACCAAUCCAACACCAGAUAGAUUUGGCGACAAUUGUUAUGGCGAUGCUAGCGAAUACACUGUUUGCAAAAUCGAUCACUGCAUUGCUCCUGUGCAUGGCAACUGGUCAACUUGGUCCGUAUGGUCCACUUGUUCUGUCACGUGCGAUGGAGGACUUCAGAAGAGAUCAAGGACAUGCACCAAUCCUAAACCGAACGCUCUAGGCGACUAUUGUUUCGGUGAUAAUAGCGAAUACACUGUUUGCCAAAAUCAACCCUGCGUUUCACCAGUGCAUGGCAACUGGUCAACUUGGUCCGUAUGGUCCACUUGUUCUGUCACGUGCGAUGGAGGACUUCAGAAGAGAUCAAGGACAUGCACCAAUCCUAAACCGAACGCUCUAGGCGACUAUUGUUUCGGUGAUAAUAGCGAAUACACUGUUUGUCAAAAUCAACCCUGCGUUUCACCAGGUCAUGUUGCAGCAUUCAACGCUCACCGACUCAACGUGUUGUCAAAUCUUGUAUGUGCAUUUCCCAUUGUGAUCUUCAACGAAGGCAAUGCGUACAACCCCAGCACUGGACACUUCACAGCUCCUGUGGACGGGAUAUACUACUUUACUGCCCACAUCUGCGUUAAGCCCGGACAGGAUGUUUACUUUUUCUUGGAAAAGGGCAGUGAAAACAUGAUCGUCAAGGUGCGUCUAACAGCUACCGAUCAGCAAGUAUCUAGCACCAGCUAUUCAUGUGCGUCUGCAUCCUGCGCUGUGAAGCUGACAAGGAAUGAGCACGUGUGGGUGAUGAUGCACCAGCAAUACACCACAUCACAGAUAUUUGAAACUGAUGUACAAACUUGAAAUUCAUUUACUGGAACGUUGAUUCAACAGCUUUAAUAAAUUCGUGAACUUAAUAUGGUGUGUUUAUUUCAUCAAAGUCGUACAAGUGUGUAUAACACAUAUGUAUGGUACAGUAUGGUAGCCGUUCCUUCGUAUCAAACACUCCGUCAGUAGUUGCAACACCCGAACUAUUUGAACCAUCGUUCAUUAAGCAUAUUUCAUAGACCAUGCUUCUGAGCGAAGAUUGAAAACACAGAUUUAACACAA